AUGUCGGAAGAGCCCACUCCUGCGUCAAAGAAAGUUUCAUUCGGUCUGCUGUUCAGAAGCCCCCAUCCAGAUGCGGCACUCACUCCACAGUCAGGAGUGCCCACGUCUGCACCAAAAGAAGUUACAACUGGGCUACAACUUGGAAGCUCACACCCAGAUGUGGCAGUCACUCCACAGUUGGGAGAGCCCACUCGUGCAUCAAAAGCGGUCACACCUGGGCUGCCGCUUGGAAGCCCCCAUCAAGAUGUGGUACUUGGUACACAGUCAGGAGAGCCAGCGCCUGCACCAAAAGAGUUUACAUCUGGGCUGCCACUUGGAAGCUCCCAUCUGGGUGUGGCAGUCACUCCACAGUUGGGAGAGCCCACUUCUGCAUCAAAAGAAGUUACAACUGGGCUGCCACUAGGAACUUCCCAUGCAAAUGUAGCAGUUACUCCACAGUUGGAAGAGCCCACUCCUGCGUCAAAAGAAGUUACACCUGGGCUGCCACUAGGAACUUCCCAUCCAGAUGUGGCAGUCACUCCACAGUUGGGAGAGCCCACUCCUGCAUCAAGAGAAGUUACACCUGGGCUGCCACUAGGAACUUCCCUUCGAGAUGUGGCAGUUACUCCACAGUUGGGAGAGCCCACUCCUGCGUCAAAAGAAGUUACACAUGGGCUGCCACUAGGAACUUCCCAUCCAGAUGUGGCAGUCACUCCACAGUUGGGAGAGCCCACUCCUGCAUCAAGAGAAGUUGCAACUGGGCUGCCCCUAGGAACUUCCCAUCCAGAUGUGGCAGUCACUCCACAGUUGGGAGAGUCCACUCCUGCAUCAAGAGAAGUGGCAGUCACUCCACAGUUGGGAGAGCCCACUCCUGCAUCAAAAGAAGUUACAACUGGGCUGCCACUAGGAACUUCCCACGCAGAUGUGGCAGUUACUCCACAGUUGGGAGAGCCCACUCCUGCGUCAAAAGAAGUUACACCUGGGCUGCCACUAGCAACUUCCCAUCCAGAUGUGGCAGUCACUCCACAGUUGGGAGAGCCCACUUCUGCAUCAAGAGAAGUUACACCUGGGCUGCCACUAGGAACUUCCCUUCGAGAUGUGGUAGUCACUCCACAGUUGGGAGAGCCCACUCCUGCGUCAAAAGAAGUUACAACUGGGCUGCCACUAGGAACUUCCCAUCCAGAUGUGGCAGUCACUCCACAUUUGGGAGAGCCCACACCUGCAUCAAAAGAAGUUGCAACUGGGCUGCUACAAGGAACUUCCCAACCAGAUGUGGCAGUCACUCCACAGUCAGGAGAGUCCACUCUUGCAUCAAAAGAAGUUGCAGUUUGGCUGCCACAAGGAACUUCCCAACCAGAUGUGGCAGUCACUCCACAGUUGGGAGAGCCCACUCUUGCAUCAAAAGAAGUUACAACUGGGCUGCCACUAGGAAGCUCCCAUUCAGAUGUGGCAGUCACUCCACAGUUGGGAGAGCCCACUCGUGCAUCAAAAGAAGUUGCUACUGGGCUGCCGCUCGCAAGUCCCCAUCCUGAUGCGUCACUCAGUCCACAAUUGGGAGAGCCCACACCUGCGUCAAAAGAAGUUGCAACUGUGUUGGCACUCAGAAGCUCCCAUCCGGACGUGGCAGUUGCUCCACAGUUGGGAGAGCCCACUCCUGCAUCAAAAGAAGUCGCAACUGGACUGCUGCUUGGAAGCUCCAGUCCAGAUGUGGCACUCGAUACACAGUCAGGAGAGCCAAAGCCUGUGCCAAAAGAAGUUACGACUGAGCUACCACAUGGACUCUCCCAUCCAGAUGUGGCAGCCACUCCGCAGUUGGCAGAGCCCACUCCUGCAUCACAAGAAGUUACAACUGGGCCGCCACUCAGAAGCUCUCAUCCAGAUGCAGCAGUCACUCCACAGUCGGGAAAGCCCACUAUUGUGCCAAAAGAAGUUGCAACUGGGCUCUCAGUUGGCAGCUCCCAUCCGAAUGCAACAGUCAUUCCACCUUCUGGACAGCCUCCUCCUGUGUCAAAAGAAGUUGCAACUGGGCUGCCACUGGAUGUGGCAGUCACUUCUCAGUCAGGAGAAGUCACUCCUGCAUCAAAAAAGGUUUUGCCACCACCAGGGUGCGGCACGUGGUCCGCAGUGUUCUGCGAACAACUCUGCACCAUCUGUCAGUAUCCUGCCUGA